AAAAAAAACCCAACCCAGCAUUUUAAUUAAACAGGAAGUAACAACAAAGGAGGCAGGGGAGGGACAUUAUUAAUUAUUACCAUUAUUUUAUAAUUGUCCUGAGGAUGAACAACUUUCGUCAAUCAGUAGCAGGUCGUUCAGGAUCGAGCAUUCCUCGACCUGCUAGCAGUCUCGGUGUCAGUGUCCAAAAGCCCAUGAACAGCAGCCAUCAACGUGUCACUGGUAAUACUGCAGCCAAUGAAGCAUAUCAUUUCCCACUUCUCAGACCUCAAGCGAUCGUGUCCAUCCUAGCAGACAUUCAAAUCUCGUGGACGGAAGAAGAACUUGCACGACCAACACCUCAAAAGAUGUUACUUGUCUACGAGGCCUUUCUUGACAUUACAACAGAAUCCUCAAGAGAUGACUGUUCACUAGAAGAUAUUCAGGAUAUGGAAAUCACUAGCUAUCCGGAAUUUGUUAUCGAUGCUGUCCGCUUUUACAUUUUUUUAUAUCAACUUACGAAUAUGAUGUACGAUGUUGGAAUACCCGACUUCUCAUCAAAGGAUCUUAUGAGGCCAGAGGCAGAACGCGUUCGUCGAGUGUUGAGUGCAGUGAUCAACUUUGCAAAAUUUAAAGGAGAUCGGCAGGGACCAGUUUUUGAGAAAUUACAACCGUCGGAUCAAAUUAUUGGUAUGAUCCCGGAAUCUGAAAAGGAACAUCAACAAUUGUCAGAGGAAAUUGAGAUCCUGAGACAGCGGAAAUUGGCACAAGAACCAAAGGUUGAGGAGCUCAAAGUUAUAAAUCAAAAUUUGGCACAGGAACUAGAGGCACUUAAAAAGCGCGAGAUUCAGACCACACAGCUAAAGGAUGAAGCUAUAAGUGAGAGACAUGCCCUAGUAGAACAGAACAAAGAACUCAACGCAGCUGUGGAGAAAGCUAGCAAAGAGUUGGAGAUAUUGAGGGGAGAGCUUGCUCAUGUACCCGACACAUUGGAACCUGAACUUGCUCAACUUCCAGAAUCUAUUCAAUCUCUGAUUACAAAAGUAGAACAACAUCGUCGGCAAGUCCAGAGUCAUUACGCUAUUGUGGAACGGAUAGAGUCCAUCCCACGAGAGAUGUCUACGAUUUUAGAAAUCAUGAAUGAUACGAUGGGAUUGUUGGACACGUUAUCACAAGAGAUCUCACAGAUGGACUCGAUUAAAUCUCAGAUUGAGAGACAAAAGCUAGAAGUCUCCACAUUGGAGACAAAGCUGGGACAGAACGAACGACAGACCAAAGGUUUGGAGAAUAAGAUCGCAAUCCUUCGUCAGAAUCAACAACAACGACGGAUUCAACAAGAACCUGAGAUGGCAGAGCUGGAGAAGACAGAGUUGGAGAUUGAGAAGAGGCUGUUGGAGAAUCGAAAGCGGUUGGAGAAAAGGCAACAGAAGCAUGCGGAGCUUGUUCAAAGGGAAGAGAAGUUUGCUGAAGAUACCACGGCUGUGUGGAAGCAACUGAGGCAUCAGUUUGGGAAGUACUCAACAGAGAUCCUUCAAGCGACAAAGAAAACUUAG